GGACGAAGGGAUAGAUCAAAUCGAUAUGGGAAUCUUCACAUGCAGCAUGAAUACUUAGCCAGGCGUUGACCUGUCAUGGCGAAGCAACCACAGAGCACCUCGGAUGCAUUCCUCAGAGCCCCAGCCUCCGUUCAUCGGCCUUGCGAGUGAGAUCCACCCCCGCAACUCAAAAAGUGAGGCACAGUGGGAUCUCGGGAUGCAUGGAUGGCAGGGGUGUGGAUGGCAUCUCCUAUCUAGCAUCUCCCAUAAAAGGCUUCCUUUCACUGGCGAUUUCUUGACUCGCCAACUUGUCCACAGGCCCGAGAAAUGGGCUGAUUGCGAAUCACCAUCCGUCCCCUCCCUUGGCAGCGCGUUCUCGACCCGGCGCCCUGCACCUCCAGUCCUCCCAUUCCCAACGAGACAUUGUGCUACAGUGCCGGCUGCUGCUGUCUGGCCAGGUGCCACUCGAUCCCGCCUGAAUCGCACAAAAGCCUGGACUUGUCCGUCAUCGACAAUCAUCCAGUCAGUCUCCAGUCUUGCCUGCUCAGCAUCGCCUCCCCCAGCCGCUCAGCGUGACUCGCACAGGUCGGCACUGGAACGGUCACGAGAGCCAUUCACGGUGUCAAUCUGGCAAUCAUUAGUUCCCCCGAACCACAAUUCCAUCCCCCCUCCCUGCCCCCGGAUUCGCUGGCUCCCUUUCCGCCCCGGUCGUCUAGACUCCUCUUCCUCACCCUACUGUCCGUCCGUACCUUUAAGUCUGAAUCAGUCGUAAAUUACGGCCGGUGAGCGGCGAAAGGGGCAACUUCACACGCGACGCCCAAUCGCUCUCCAACUCCUUCACUGGACAAACCUACUCCUUGCAACUCUCGCCGAUCCAACAUCGUUACAC